AUGAGAAAUGGAGUCGGGGGUGGACUGUUGGACUACGACGCGACGUGGGAGGGACACGACGCGUCGUACCACGCCGCCUUCAGGAACAAUUCCAUGUCGAACGUGUCGGCGCAAGCCACGUGGAACGCCUUCCUUCCCUGCAAGAUCACCGACCUCGGGCAGGAUACGCUGACGUGGAUCAGGCAGGGGGACUUCACGAUCCUGACGUCGGGCCGGACGAGGUACACGUCGGACGAUCGGUUCAUCGCUCACCACAACGAGAGCCUCGGGACGUGGACGCUGCAGAUUAAAUACGUGCAACCCAAGGACGCAGGGACCUACGAAUGCCAGGUGGGUGCCCCCAUCGCAUCAUCGUUCCUUUGCUCCGUCUCCUGA